UGUUUUCAGUUUUCAGAACAUAUAUUCUCUUAUGAUGGAAGACGACUAUGGCGAACACGAGGAAGAUGAUUUUCAAAUUGUUGAAGAAAUAGAGCUUGAUUAUGAUGAAGAUUGUAAUGAAUUGGCAUAUGCUGUGGAGGAUUUAGGUGUAGAUGGUGAAUUAACUGAAAAUGACGACGACCUAGUUAUACAGAGGGAUGAUUCUGGUUUAACAUUUACAAAACAUAGUGAGUCUGUGUUUGCUGUUGAUUUUGAUCCAUCCAGCCGUAGCCAUAUUGUCUCUGGGGGUGAAGAUAACAGGGCUUUUGUCUGGAAGAUCAGUGAUGGCAGUGUGAAAUUCUUAUGUGAUGGCCACAAAGAUUCUGUAACAUGUGUGAAAUUUAGUCAUGAUUCAAAAUAUGUUGCCACCGGUGAUAUGAGUGGAUUAAUCAAAGUAUGGUCUUUCACUACGGGUGUAGAAAUUUGGUCUUUUGAGACAUCAGAUUUGGAGUGGCUACUUUGGCACCAUGGUGCACAUGUUUUGUUUGCUGGUACAGCAGAUGGGGAAUUCUGGAUGUGGAAGAUUCCUGAUGGUGCAUGCAAGACCUUUCAAAGCCAUGGUCCUAAAACAACAUGUGCCCAUCUUCUGAAUGAUGGAAAAAGAAUUUGCGUUGGGUAUGGCGAUGGAAGCUUAAAAUUAUGGGACCUAAAAAAUGCAAAUUAUAUGUUUCAUGUUUCAGGAAAUUAUGCUCACAAGACGUCAACAACUUGCAUUGAUGUUAAUGAAAACUACACCUUGCUGGCUAGUGGCUCAGAAGACGGCAUUCUUAAACUAACACAUCUUGGUAAUGGCAAAGUUUUGGGAAGUAUCGAGGCAGCAUUAAUACAGGAAGGAGAUUUAUCAAUUGAGUCUGUGGCAUUCUGUUCAAUAUUGCCCGUCGUUUUAACUGGCUCCCUGUCCGGAAAACUUGGCAUUUGGGACCUAACCAAUCAGCGGAUUCGUCAACAAUGUGAACAUCCGGCUGGUGUCACAAAGAUAUUGUGUGAGGGAGGUAUGAUCUUUUCUGCAUGUUUGGACGGAAUUUUGCGUCUUUGGGACGCACGAUCGGGGAACUGUGAACGAGAAUGGCACGGUCAUUCUGCGCCCAUAUUAGAUAUGGCAUAUAGCAGGUUAGAUGCUUGUGUGUUUACCUCAUCUGAUGAUAAGACAGUAAAACGGUACAGCUUGGCAGAACCGUGCCGUUGACGUCAUUGUUGUUUGAUCGCUACAUACAACCGAAUGAAGGGUAACAGGAAAUUAAUUAAAGAUAAACUACCAAAUGACAUCGGUAAUUCCCCUACGAUCAUGGCGAGCGAACUUUUAUUUGAUUUUUAAAAGUAUUAAGUAUUUAUUUUGCCCAACUCAUUCUUUUUGAUUAUGCUGUAUAGAAUCAAGGCUCGUACUAAACUUGAAUGUCCUUCACGGUGGCGGAUCUAGAUUACGUCAAAAUAAAUUACUGCAGCAUGUUUUUGCAUACAUUUACAUUUCUAAGACAUUAUAGGGAAAUUCUUUGGUAAAAUUAUAUUCUUGAAACCAAUAGUGUUUUUGUGAAAGUGCUUCGAAUAUAAAAUUAAGGAGUGAUAAUUCAUUUUGACGAACGUUGGGUGGAUCCGCUAUCGGUGCUUCACAUUCCUUAAAACUCGUGUAUAAAGAUGUGCUUGACAGUCCAACUUUAAUUUUUUUAAGUUGUGCUUUGCAGGCAAUGCAAGGUCUUAAAUCUUGUCCUUAAAUUUUUAUGAGUAUGGCUUUAAAAGUCCUUAAAAUGUGCUUGGUUUUCACGACUCUCGUUUUACCCUAAUACUAAUAGACAUUUAUCAAGUCGACAGCCUCGUUCCCACGCCUAAAUUAUCUACUUUAGUAUUUCUAAUACAGUAUUGUUAAUUAAAAGAAAAAAUCUGAAUAGACCAUAA